AUGGGCGCGGAGCAGUCUUCUGGGCGCGGUUCAAAUGCCCAAGCCAGUGACGUUGUUAAGAGAUGCUAUUAUGAAGUGCUGGGCGUGGAACGCUCUGCAACUGGUGAUGAGAUAAAAAAGGCCUAUAGGAGGAAAGCACUCGAGCUUCAUCCUGACCGCAAUUACGGAGAUGUUGAGGCUGCCACUACAAAGUUCGCCGAAGUCCAGUCCGCCUACGAAGUUCUUUCAGAUCCUCAAGAGAGAGCCUGGUAUGACUCCCACCGCGACUCUAUUCUACGGGGGGACAGCGGGCCAACAGAAGACCAUUUCGAACACAACGUGCGACUCACCAGCUCUGCAGAUAUUGUGAGGUUGAUCGGCAGAUUCAACGCAAGUGCUCCUCUCACAGAUGCGCCCAAUGGAUUUUAUGGAAUACUUCGAGAGACGUUUGCGCGACUUGCCAAGGAGGAGGAAGCAGCCUGCGAUUGGGAAGGACUCGAGGUUACAGACUAUCCGGAUUUUGGGACGGCUGUUGAGGACUACGAAGAGGUCGUCAAGCCUUUUUACAGAGUCUGGAUAAAUUUUACCACGAAGAAAACCUUUUCAUGGAAAGAUGCCUAUAGAUCAGCAGACGCCCCGGACCGAGCAACGCGAAGACUUGUGGAUAAGGAAAACAAGAGAUUGCGGGAUGAGGGGAUUCGAGAGUUCAACGACGCCGUGCGGUCACUGGUUGCUUUUGUAAGAAAGAGAGAUCCACGAUAUAUUCCCAAUUCCCAGUCCGAGGCAGAUCGCCAAAGGCUCCUUCGAGAAGCUGCUGCUGCACAGGCGGCACGAUCGAGAGCCGCCAAUCAAGCCAAGCUAAAGGAGCACAUAACACCUGCCUGGGCACAGACACAGCAGGCCGAGGAUGAUGGUCAGUUCUCUGAAUCGGAGGAGUCGGAAGUAGAGCAUAUUGAAUGCGUUGUCUGUGGCAAGACUUUCAAGAGCGAAAAGCAAUAUGAGACUCACGAGAAAAGUAAGAAGCACAUCAAGGCAGUGCAACAGCUUCAGAGGGAGAUGCGAAAGGAAAAUGAGAGGUUAAACCUUGAUAACUUAUCCAGUGGCCAACUUAAUAACACUGCCUCUCGGCCUGACAGUUUAGAUAAUAACCAGGAAGAAACCAAGAAGGACACGAAAGCACCCUCUUCUGACCACCUGCCGAAUGGUGCUUCGGACGGUCAAGGCGAAGGUCACAGUGCUAUGAAUACUACUGCAGAAACAAUCUCAGAACAGGAACAUAAAGUUCAGGUUGAAUCUGCUUCUGAUAAUUCUGAUCCUCCCGAUGUGGACGAAUACGCAUCCAGACAAGACAUCGAGAGUCGACGCUUUAGCUCAAUCUUCGGGAAACUUGCACAGGGAAGCCUCGAUGAUUCAACUGCAGCCACAUCAGCCGCCAGUGAUGGUGAUGGCAGCCAAAAGCUUGGGAAAGCCAAAUUGAAGCGUGCGAAGAAAAAGGCUAGGCAAGAACAAGAAGACCAAGAAAGCCAAGAGGCAAGAAUAUUUUUCAGAUGUGCAGCUUGUAAUGAGCCGUUCACUUCCAAGACAAUGCUCUUCAGGCAUAUCAAAGAAUUCGAUCACGCUCAGCCUGUGGCCCAGGCCGCGAACGGCAGGAACAAAAAGCGGUAG